CCCUUUGGUUUUAGGACAUUAUGGCUGCGCACUGUUCAUCAAUGGUGUUUUUAUUUCCGUUUUUUCGUUUUUUCUCUUAUUUAAAACAGAGGAAUGUAGACAGAGUUUGGCUUCGAUUAUAACUUUACAAAAAAAGCAUUAGGAGAUUUCUGGAGUUAAUGCUCUAUUUGCGUCAGGAACGCUGAAACACGUUUUGCUUGAUAGCUAACGAGUCAGAUAGCCAGGUAGGAUAGUUGUCUGUCACCGGUCCGAAUUUAGCUGUUGUAAACUCAGUUCACACUAAAUUAACUCGUGUUGUAAGGGCAAUGAUUGUAUAGCUUGUUAGUUAACCGCUACAAUAAUUGCUAUAACUCGAUCACUAUACGGGAACACACUAGUUAUCUAUUCAUAGCUAUGUUUACCCCUGUAAAGUCGUCUUAUUUCAGAGUCAGUCCCACUACUAUCAACAGAGAGCUAGGCAAGACCAAGAUGAGAUAGCAAGAGGAGUUAUUGGUUAGCUAGCUACGCGAUCGUGAACACAAUUAGACAUUCAAUUAAAUCCCCCGAAGGUGCGUUUCACAGGAAAGAGAGAAACAGACGCAAGCCCAGCCAUGUUUGGGAGUCUUUUCGAGGAAGAGGAGGAGGGAUUUUCUCUGGCUCCCUCAGGAGGUAGAGUUGUUAUGAGGGAAGGGGAGCCACCUCCACCCCGGGGAAGAGUUAAUCUCAGCGGGAUUAAAAACCAGGGAGGGACGUGCUACCUCAACUCCCUGCUCCAGACCCUGCUCUUCACCCCGGAGUUCAGAGAGGAGCUGUUCAGUCUGGGUCCAAAGGAAUUGGGCUGCCUAGAGGACAAAGACAAACCAGAGGCCAAGGUCAGGGUUAUUCCAUUGGAGCUCCAGAGGCUGUUUGCUCGUCUACUCUUGGUGGACCAACAGAGUGCCUCUACUGGUGAUCUCACUGAUAGCUUCGGAUGGAACAACAGCGAGGAGAGCAGGCAACAUGAUGUGCAGGAGUUGAACAGGAUUCUGUUCAGUGCCCUAGAGCACUCCCUGGUGGACACCAGCGGUAGUGCGUUCAUCCAGCACCUCUACCAUGGCACCACUGUCAACAGCAUCCUCUGCAAAGAGUGUGGCAACAUCAGCCAGAGACAGGAGGACUUCCUGGACCUGACCGUGUGUGUACGUGGCGUGUGUGGCCUGGAGGAGGCGCUCUGGGACAUGUUUGUGGAAGAGGAGAUGUUUGAAGGCAGUAACCUCUACCGCUGUGGCCAGUGUGACCAACUAGUCACUGCUGCUAAGUCUGCCAAGCUGAGGAAGCUCCCUCCCUUCCUGACAGUGUCUCUGUUGAGGUUUAACUUUGAUUUUGCCAGGUGCGAGCGUUACAAGGAGACUGGUCGCUACACCUUCCCUCUCACCAUAAACCUCAGGCCCUUCUGUGAACAGACUGAAGACGAGGACUCGGAGUACUCCUAUGAACUCUUCUCUGUCAUCAUCCAUAAGGGAGGCUGUUAUGGCGGCCAUUACCACGUCUACAUCAAAGACAUGGACCACCUUGGCUUGUGGGAACCGCCGGAGGAGGAUUCCAAACCCAAGGUUCAGAAGAAGAAGGAAGUGAGAGCGUAUACUGAGCCGGAGAAAGACGACCCUCUAUCUGUACUCUCCUCCAUAAUAGCCCAGGAGGAGAGCAGGAGCAUGCUGCUGGACCAGCUGGGCCAGAGACUGAUGGACAAGAUCGGUUCUUCCUGGAGCAAGAAGUACAGGAAACUCCACGGCCCCAUAGGCAAGUUCCUCCAGAACCACAGUGACGUGUUUGUGUUGGUCAAUAGCAGCACUCGGGUGGCCCUGAAAGCCAACCCCCCUAGCCCGGUGACCCGGCCCUCCAGCCCAGCCCACACAACCCCUGGCCCAAGCUCUACCCCAGACCCAGUCCACAACAACACUGUCAACGCCCAACCAGAACCAGGACUGGAGACAGCACCAGAACCACAGGGCAGCCACUGGUUUAAUCUGAAUGACUCCACAGUGACGUCGAUCCAUGAGAGAGACAUAGAGAAAAUGUACCAGGGAAAGGAGAGUGCCUACAUGCUGUUCUAUAGGAAGACACUGCUACGCAGGCCUUCUGGAGCCCUGAGGAAUCCAGGGUAUAAGGUUCCCCCUCACCUCUUGGAGAUGGCUGAAGAGGAGAACAGAAGACUACAACAGAGACGGGAGGAGUUUGAGGCCAGCAAUAACAGUGUUGAGCUGCGUCUCCACCUAGCGCCGCGCUAUAGGUUGGAGAACGGAGCUCUUAAGCCAAUCAGCAUAGAGCAGAAAGAGGCCACCAACCUCACCUUUGACCUCCGCAGGACCGUAGGAGACUUGCGAAUGAUCAUCUACCAGAUGCAGGAUCUCUGGGAUGGGGAUAUGGCUCUGACUGUGGCCAAAAGUCUGCCAGCCGGCCUUCACCUCUACAACACUCUCACAGAUGAUGAGGUGUCUCUCUACAGUGCAGGCAUCUUAUCCGGCACUGAUCUGUUUGUGUGGAACGGCAGAGAGGUUUGUGGGGCGACUGUCCAAACAGGAGCCGAGUGGGAACCAAUGCUGCUGACCGUGGUUCGCCCCUCUCUGGGAGAAGAGGAGGAGGACGGGGGAGGCGAGGGAGAGGAAGGAGGCUCGGGGCUGUCGAAGGAGUCGAGGGGGUUCGCUGGGAGGGUGACUCUAGGAGAGGUGAGGGAGGCAUUAGGGGAGCCACAGGAGAGCCUCCUGUGUCAGGAGAAGAGGGGAGGGGGGGGAGGGGGGGCCAGCGGGUGGAGGGUAUUCCCUCCUGGAGACAUGCAGAGGACCCUGAAGGAGCUGGCCUUGAAGGAUGGAGACGCACUGCUGGUGCUGGAGCCACAGACACAGGACAGCAGUGUGUUCAGUGUGAGUGGUGAUAUGGUAACCGUGACAACACCAUCAGACUGUCGCUGGCUUCAGGUGGAAUACCGACCAGAGAGAAGAAGAAGAGGAGGAGGAGAGGGGGAGGAAGAUGAGGAGAGGAUGAGGGCAAAGGUCCCUGCCUCUGGAAACAUGCUGCUGUGUGAGGUGAAACAGAGGGCCAUAGCAGAGCUGCAACUACAGGAGCAGCUAGCAGGUGUGGCAUGCUGUCUGAGGCAGGUGGACCGUACAGGGAAACUCCUGCCCCCAGUGUGUGAGGAGCUGAGCGUUCGUGACGCUGGGGUUAGGCUGAUGACCUCCCUGUCCCUCUGUCCUGGAACGGCCCCCAAAGACACACAGCUGUUCCUGUACUUCAGUGUGGGGACAGCACCCUCCUCUGGCUUGGAGGGGGAAAUCAUUGUAGAGCGGUCCAGCACAGUUAAACAGUGUCUCAAGAAAAUGUUGGAGUCAGCAAGACUUGAAGGGGACGGUUGGCAUCUAAGGAGGCUGGACUGGUGUGAGGAGGUGGGAGAGGCUUUGAUGGAUGAGGAGGCGUCUCUCUCAGAGCUGAAGAUGAGUCAUGGAGACGCUCUGGUGAUUACUGAGGGACGACUUCCUCCCAAGGGUUUUCUGAAGCUGUCAGUCUGGCUGUAUGUGGAGCCAAGAGCCGAUCCCGUGGUCUCCAUGGAAACAGAGGUCAACGGCACAGCCGAGGGGUCCACGGAGGGUCAGAGGUUGGAGGUCAUGACUGCAGUGGGCGGGGCCAUGGUGGAGCUGAGGACUGUGGGACAGGUGGAGAUCUCAGAGGAGGCGACACUGGAAGAGCUGAAGACUCAGGUGCUGACCCUGCCGGCGCUGCAGUAUGUAUGUGUGCCCACUCCUGCGUUUCUGCGUGUGUGGCAGCUGGAGGGACAGAGACUGACACGUAUCCUCAGAGGACAACAACACACACUCAGGAAGUUGAAGUUGUGCAGUGGGGUGGAGUUUUGUGUGCAGCAGCUACUGAGAGAAGAGGAUCUUGGUCCUAAGGAGGUGUUGCUGCGUGUCCAGAUGGGGGUGCCAGGGGAGCGGGGUUACUACCCUCCAGAGGACCUGGUCUGGGAUGCUUCUCAAGACCCUUCCCCCAGAUCGCUACGCUCUGCCUUGGCCUCAACAUACGGCCUCUCUCCUGACUCCCUGCUACUUGCCAAGCACCAGCCACACACACACACCUGGGAGACUUUCUCCAACUGGAGCCAGCAGGUGUCCAAACGGAAGAAGAAGAAAAAGACGGAGUCUCUGCUCGGAGCGCCUUUCCACCUUAAAGACGGUGACAUCGUCGGUGUCAAGAACCUGUUGAUUGACAAUAACCGGGACUUUAGCACCCAACAGGAUGAGCAGAGGUUGAGGGAAGAGAAGGAGCAACGCAGGAAAGGAGGGCAGGGUGCGGGGGCUGAAGUUGAGAACAACCAAGGGGUGGGACCAGAGAAGAUGGGGCCAAUCAAGGCCAGGAAGCCAGAGGUGGCCCUGUCAAUCAACGUGGGGGUGUUCAGAUAGCCUCGCCUUACACACACAAACAAACACAUACAGUACACAUGCGUGCACAUACAGACUUUCUCACUGUGGCAUCGCUCAACAUCACGAACAAUCUUCUGGACAUCUGUUUGUGUGCCAAACAUUUUUGAUAAUGUGUUCACACAGCUUGACCCCCCCAUAGAUCUGCUAUCUUUUGCUAGUGUUGGUCUGGUGGUGGGAUGACUUACUGGUUCCCUAUACAGACCUCUGUCGACUCAGUGUCACAAGCUGCAGUCUCUGACUCUCCUUCCAUCUCUGUCACUACAUCUGGAGCCCUUCUCCCCUCUACAUGAGAUCCAAUAGGAACCAGUAUUUCUACAUGAAAUCCAAUAGGAACCAGUAUUUCUACAUGAGAUCCAAUAAGAACCAGUAUUUCUACAUGAGAUCCAAUAAGAACCAGUAUUUCUACAUAAGAUCCAAUAGGAACCAGUAUUUCUACAUGAGAUCCAAUAAGAACCAGUAUUUCUACAUAAGAUCCAAUAGGAACCAGUAUUUCUACAUGAGAUCCAAUAGGAACCAGUAUUUCUACAUGAGAUCCAAUAGGAACCAGUAUUUCUACAUGAGAUCCAAUAGGAACCAGUAUUUCUACAUGAGAUCCAAUAGGAACCAGUAUUUCUACAUGAGAUCCAAUAGGAACCAGUAUUUCUACAUGAGAUCCAAUAGGAACCAGUAUUUCUACAUGAGAUCCAAUAGGAACCAGUAUUUCUACAUGAGAUCCAAUAGGAACAAGUAUUUCUACAUGAGAUCCAAUAGGAACCAGUAUUUCCACUCAUAGUACUGGGUGUAUUACAUAUAUAUUGGUAUGUAUUUACAGUAUUUGCUGACUAGUUUGCAAUGGUACACACCACAGAGGUAUAGAUAUGUACCAGUAGAUUAUAGAUAAUAUAUACACCUAUAUUUCUAAUAAGAGUUAGUGGGUUUAUAUCCAGGCCUUAACAUGGAUGAGCCACAAUUCAGCUCAGUCCGUAAUAGUCCCCCCUACCUCAUUUCUCUACCUCUGUUGCACCCUCUCUCUCUCUUUCUACCUUUCUUUCCCUCCUAACUUCAUCUUCGCUUAGUGGUUUCACCCUCUCGCCAUUUUCCUUACAUGGGAAAGAGUCCAAGUGUUUUCUCUGUAUCCCAUCAUGCCUCUGCACCAGAGUUGAUCACGUUAAUCAUGCUAUAAUUAUGUUUGUUUCAUGUGCAUGCAGUGGGGGUGUGUGGGCGAACUUCAGGGAGUUAAAAUAAUGUCAUACAUAACUUUUAGAAAUGACGGUUGGACAAUGAAUGCGAGUGACUUUGUUUUGGAUUAUGAGAUUAUUUGAUUUCCGAACUAAUGAUGUUUUUAUUUUUGCAUUUGCUGGAAGUAUAACUGAAAUUUAGUUUUAUGUACUGUAUGACUUCUGGGUCAGUGCCAAGAUGCAAGGACAGAUGGAGAGUUUUGGAUUAAAUACAGAAUAAAACGGAUCAAGAAAGAA